AUGGGAAACGUCUUUGAAAAGUUGUUCAAAAGUCUAUUUGGGAAAAAAGAGAUGCGAAUUCUGAUGGUGGGCUUGGAUGCAGCUGGAAAGACUACCAUCCUGUAUAAACUGAAGCUGGGAGAGAUUGUGACCACCAUCCCCACAAUAGGUUUCAAUGUGGAGACAGUAGAAUACAAAAACAUCAGCUUCACGGUCUGGGAUGUUGGCGGCCAGGACAAAAUCAGACCUUUGUGGCGACAUUAUUUCCAGAACACCCAAGGUCUGAUUUUUGUGGUCGACAGUAAUGACAGAGAGCGGGUCAAUGAGGCCCGGGAAGAGCUAACCAGAAUGUUAGCAGAAGAUGAGCUCAGAGAUGCAGUUUUAUUGGUGUUUGUAAAUAAGCAGGACCUUCCCAAUGCCAUGAAUGCAGCUGAGAUAACGGACAAGCUUGGCUUACAUUCCCUCCGCCAGAGAAACUGGUAUAUUCAGGCUACCUGUGCCACAAGCGGAGAUGGGCUGUAUGAAGGCCUGGACUGGCUCUCCAACCAGCUCAAAAACCAGAAGUGA